AUGACACUCACGCCGGUGCUUUCAGACGCAAUCAGAAAGUGUAGGAGGUUAGAUCGCAUAAUUCGCGUUAACGAGCAAGUAUCCACCUCCAAUAUAUUCUUGCGUUUAAUAAAUUCUACGGUAAAUAAAUCCGUAAGUGUAACUUAACAAAUAAAAAAAAAAAUGACUAAAAAUUCGUGACAUUUUAAGAGAUUGGCACAAACGAUGCAUUGCUUCGUUUUCGCCACGUGAAUACUGCCGUCCGUCUUAUCGUUUAUAUACCGGUAAUAAUUUACUCCAUUCGUUCAUUUUGUUUUAUUUUACUUUAUUUCAACUUUUGGAAAUUAGUUUGAAUUCGAAGAAACAAAAUAUUAGGUAGACGAGAAAAUCUACCGUAUUACGUAUUAUGUGCUUAUUUUAAAUAUCUUAAAGAGAUUUAUCAAAUAUAAGUUUUAAAGAUCUUUCUAUUGAAGAUUUCAAAAACUAAACGAAAAACGUGACAAAAAGUAUAUGUAGAAGAUUGUGCGCGUUCAUAAAAAAAAAGAACGUGUGUGCAUAAAGGCUCGUCAUUCCUAACAAGAAGAAAAUCUGGUCUUUUUGUUUUAUUCCACUUUUUGGUGGAACAGUUCUCCAGUUCAAAAAAAAGAUAUCUAAAUGUGUUCCAUAGCGAUACCAGCUGAAUUGCUUCUGGGGCAUAGUCCCCCAGUGUAUAGCUCGCUGUUAUACAGUCCCUUGGUGGUAACGGCACCGACGAUUACAAGCAGGUCGGUACCACCCAGAAUAAGGCCAUGCCUGUCAUCUGGUUCCUUGGCUAUAAACAACAUUCGAAACAGUAAUGAUGGUAGUAAUAAACAGAAGAAAAGAGUGGUGUUUGCCGAUGAUCGUGGCCGUCCUCUUACUCAGGUACGUGUGAUGUCGGAGCCUAGUAACGUACCACCUUUGUGGAGCACAGCUUACUUGGCCGGAUUAACAGGGCGGCUUUUAAAUUCGAAAAUUGAGAAUGAACAAUCCAUAGAGCUCGUGUCACCUUGGCAAGUAACUUUCCCUCAACCGGCGAGCGAUUAUUUAGCCUUCCGUCAGAAACUUGAUCAGGAGAAUGUCAGCUUGGAAAACGUGAUAGUGAAAGAGUCGGAACAGUGUCUAGUAGGUACCAUCAAGGUACGUAAUCUGGCGUAUGACAAGGAAGUCGUGGUCAGGGUGAGCAACGAUUCUUGGAAGACACACGAGGACGUUCAUUGCACUUAUGUCGAACAACCGGGCUCUCCGGCCCUGAUCCUUUACGAUACCUUCCGCUUUCGAUUAACUUUACCAUUGAAGUCAAAUGUGAUAGAAUUCUGUGUACGAUAUCGAACCGAUGGAAAAGAAUAUUGGGACAACAACGAGGGAAAGAAUUUUAUCGUUAGAAAAAAGUUAGAGCCACGAGCACCACCCAAACGAUACGAUAUUCUGACAACGUGCGAUGGCUUUUCGAAGAAUAAUAAUCGAGACAGUAUACCACGAAUCACAGAUGCGACCAAAGCGAACGUACGCACGUGGAGCGAGUUCGCAUCCUGGCAGCAUCUUGCGAAUGAUGCUCCAUACUGGUGAAUCUUCGUCACUGGUCACAAACGAUGUACGAAUGUCGUACGAAUUCUUCCAGUCUAUUUGGUUUAACGAUCACAAGAUAGUAGACUAUGCGGGACGAGGUGGCAAUAUAUCUACGCGACGGCAUGCAUAAGAUUGUCGAAAACAUUGUCGUGUAAUAUUUAUACGCGAUAGCGUACAAGUGUAUGGACAUCAAGAUCAAGGGAACGCAGAAGAGAGCAAUGACGAUAGAAGGGAAGCGAUGGACUGUGAUUAAGUUCAAAUUAUAAAAGGACAUGCUUAUUGAACGGAAGAAAGAGAGACAUAAUCAGAAGUCGAUAGCGCGGAACAGGCGAGAAAGGAGGCACUAGUCGCGUUACAUUUAUGAUUGCAACGUGCAGAACAGACAUAUACAAUGUAUAGGAACACAUAAUAACCGUGUAAGAGAGACAAUAUACAAACAAAUAUACUAAAGGUCAUGGAUCUGGAUUGGACGGAUGUUUGUUCUGAAGCUUUUCCAGACUUUCUACCAAUUUGGUCAUCAUACAUUCUUCUCGUUCAUCGUCUUCCUUCUCUCCUCUUCCUCUUUUCUGAAACUUGUCAGCUGUCAAUAGCUGAAGAUGUCCAUUAAGAUAAAUUUCCACCUUCGAAUUGACCAAAUCUCGCUGGUCUUGUCCGUUCCUCUUUUUUCUUUCUUAAUAUUAUCUUCUUUUCCACAUAUCCUUUUUCUUCUUCUCUAUUUCUCUGUACUUCUUUUUUUGUUUCUUUUCAACGUACAAACUUGUGUAAUUGUGUUAGUAGGAUUUUUUUUAAUGGGAUGGGCCAAGGGAUCUUAAAUAAGUAACGCAGAUUAAAACAAAGCUCAGAAAAUAAUCAAUUAUAUGAAAUGAAAGACAGAAUUAAAAGUAUGCCGUAUGUGGUUUCGAAUGGAAUAAUUAUUACAAUUUAAUGUUGUAAUUUUUGUAAGUGUAAAGUAUAACAUAAUAUUUUUUGGAUCGCUAUUUUUUUUUUAUUUUUUAUUUCUUUUUUUAAAUAAUAUUAUUUUAUACAAAAGUUUAGAUGUCAAUUAAAAUGUUUCAAUCGUAACCACUUAAAAUAGAAAAAUAACUAUAACUGGAAAAAUAAUAAUUUCUGCUAGUGUAAAAAAGUUUCUAAGUUAACUCUAAGUUUUAAAUCGUUAUCAUAUAGAACACAUAUAAGAACGUAAUUAUUGAAAAGAGAGAAAAGUCCGUUAUUUCUUUGAUUCAGAGAAUAACUUUUUUUUUUCUGACCGGUGCUAACUGUCUCUUUAUCUGUAUUUUAUUUUAUUUUUUUUUAUUGGAAUGAUUUAUAGUAAUAAUUGUAUAAAGAGGCCAAAGUUACAUAAUAUUAUUCAUAUUAAUAUUAUAUAUCGUAAUAACAUUAUCCCGUAUUGUUAUCGUUCGAUAAAUUUUUAUUAUUCGACAAAUCAAUUAUUAUACUACCUAUAGAGUUACACAUCUUAUAACGUGUUGCGUCUUUUGCACGACAAAUUAUUCAAAGAAUUAACACGUCGAUACUCAUGUAAAAUUCUCUCUUUGCAAAAAGUAUUUUUAAUUUCAUAUACAUUUUGUACAAUGUCACUGUAUAUAUACAUAUAUGGAUCUACAGUAUAUGUAUAUAUAUUUAUUUAUUUAUAUAUAUAUAUAUUAUUUUAUCUUUGUGUACACAUGUCAGAGCGUUAUAACUAUUUAAUCGCAUAUUCAUAAACAAAAAUAAUAUCACAAGCAGAUUUUAUUUUUCAAUCAUGAAAAAGGAAACUAAAUUUAAAAUUUUAUUUCUUGAUUCUAUGUACUAUUUUAGAAAAUUAUGAAUAUUUUUACAAUUAGAAUCAAAAAUAAUUGCAUGUGUACAUAGUAUAUGGAAUACAACAAGUGAUAGCAACAAAAAAAAAAGAAUUCGUUUGGAAAUAUACAAGUAGACAGGCAACGUUAUUAUAUGUUCAUGUUAUAUAUGCUUCGAUAUUGGGAAAAACAUAUGUCUGAAGAAUUAUUCUGCGUUAAUUUCUUUAUCAGACUUUUUGAACGAAUUUUUUUUAUGAACCUUAUAUUCAACUACGAAAUUCAUACUCUUUUUUGCUUUCUUCUUUACUAUUUUCCACAAAGUACAAAUCGACAGACUAUAUUAUUAUUACUAUUAUUAUUACUAAGUAAAUCAUGAUCGCAUGAUAAGGAAUAUAUAUAUAUACAUGCAUGCCAAUGUAAUUCGCAUUACGUACGACUGGCUCGUGCAUAUUAAGAGAAAAAAAAAUACGUAUGUACAAUCUUUAAACAUUUAAAGCCCCAACUAUACAUCCAAAGAGACAAAUAUUCAGGAAACGAGAUUUUCUUUGUAGGGAAGUCAUGGCAUAAUGAUGAGUUAAUGUGAGAUGAUCAUGAAAUCAUAAAAAAAAGGAAUGGCAUUGAGUUUGUAGAAUAAUGAAUGCAAUUAGAAAUUUUUUUUUUGGUAGAAAAGAGUACCACUGGCGAUUACCUGAUCAAGUUCCAAGUUGUUAUAAUCCAGUUGAUCAUCUUUUAGCCUGUCUUUUGCUGAGUAUCGACGUUAACUUUCCUCCCUUGCAGAGUCAAAGAGCUUUUUCAUUCUUGAUAGCACCUUUUACAAUACAAUGGAAUCAGAGUGUUUAUUAGACAUUAUUACAUGAAAUCUUAACAAUUGAUUGUUAUUCUUUGAACAUAUAUUCUUCUUCUGAUGUUUAUUUCUCUUUUUAACGUUAUUGUAAUCUUUUUUAUCAUUCUAUUCUAUUUUUUAUUAUUCUGUAUUCGGUCAUGUGACUGAGGUUUCGUCAUUCAUUUUCACUUUGAAUAUUUAAUAUAUUUUAAUUGUAUUUGUUUAAGUUAUUUAUUCUUUUGCCUAUAUUUUUUUAUAUGGCAUAUAGAGAAUUUUUAUAUUUAUUAUUCAUUUUAAAAUUUUAAAUUUUAAUUUCGAAUAUGUACAAAAUGAUUUCUGGAAAAUCGGUGAUUCUACCGAAUUUUUUUUUUUUUUUAUAACAAAUAGAUUAUAAUAUAGAAACAUAAUUAAUAAUUUAUAUAGGAGGAUAAUCAAAGAUUUUGGAUUUUCUAAGCCUUUGAUAUAAAAAAGAAAAUGGACAAGGAGAAAGUGUCAUUAUGAAAUAGUGUGUAUGAUUGUGUAGAUCUAACUUGUGCCGAAAGUGUUCAUCGAUAAAUCCAUUUUGUACUUAACUGUUUAAUCGAUUACAAAUUCAUUCUGUUCGAUAUUAACUUUAUUGACACAUUUUUUUUUUUUUAUUUUUAUAAGUAGAUAUCUUCGACAAAUAAGUUACCAAGAAGGAUAAAGUACAUCUUUCUUUUUAUAAUAAAAACAAAAACAAAUCUUUUUGUAAUUUUCAACACUUUGUUUAUUUAAACGAGUUUUUCUUCAUAUUUAUUUCAUUAAUCGAAUAUUUUGCUAAUUCCAGUGAAGCAAAGGAAAAACUAAGCACAAUCUACUUAUAUAUUAUUGCUCUUCGCUGUACAUAUGAUUUCUUUUUCAUCGUAAUAUAACCCUUCAAGAAUUGGUCCUCCUAACUUAUUGUACUAUAUCUUGUACUUGAUUCAUUCCAGAUAUUGUACAGAAUUCAUUGCUGAUUAAUAAAAUUGACUCACGGAAGAAUAUUUCGAACGACUGAAUAUUAAGAGUAUAGAAGAAAGUAAAAAAAAAAAAAAAAAAAAAAAUCUCUUUAAUAUAUUACAUAUAAUAUAAUUAUAUUAAUUUUACACAGAUAUAUUAAAUGGGAUUAAUUUAAGCAAAAUAUAACAUUCAACAAUAUUCUACAAAGUGCAAUUAGAGCUUUUUUAAUUUUCUAUACAUAUAUAUAUAUAUUUAUUGAACGAUUAUUAUAUUAUAUAUGUAUAUAAAUAGCAACAGAUAAAAUGUAACAAGUUCGACGAACCGAGAUGAUGCGCUAGUUUAAUUCGCAUUUCAUCCAAUAGAACUCGACUGUCAUAUUCUAACUAAUUGCCAAUGUGUAUAUUGCGUUCACGUUAAAAAAAAAAAAAAUUAAAACUUCUUUCAUGGAAGCAUAUUUAGUAAUUUUAGAUUAUUAUACUAAUUCUAUUAAGAGAUAACGUAAAUAUUUAAACAAAUUAUCUCUUAUAGAUCAUUGAAUGAAUUCUAUCAUGUAUCCAAUCAUCAAAUGCUUCUAUAAAAGAAUUGAAAAUAAUGUUAUACUCAAACAAACGUAAAUAAGCUUAAGAAGUAUUCAUUGCUUAAGCUUCCACUUACGGCAAAAAAUUAAUAUAUUAAUAAAUGGAGAACAUCCAAUGGAGAAUUUUAUUUUAAAGCGUUGAUGCAUUGAUGCUUCUCCGUUGUAAAAGCAAAUGUACGAAUGUAUACAUGUUUAUAUACGCAUCACAGUGUUAUUUAAGUAAUUAUCAUAUUAUAAUAUGAUUAAUUUAAUUAUUAAGUAUGUGCGACACGUGAUCAUCUCAAUUUGAUUAAACUUGUACAAGACUUAUUAUAUAAUGCUCAUUCUAUCUAUUCUUUACUAUCUUGAGAUUUAUUGUCUAGUUAUAUAAAUAUAUAUACAUAUAUAUAUAUAUUUGUACUUUACAACAGAGAUCAUUAAAGAAUGCAUGCGUAUGAAACAUAAUAUAUAUAAAAAAAAAAAAAA